GCAGACGAAGAAGAAGCGGCGCUCGCUCCCGCUGGUUACCUGGCUGACCGUGGUUCGGGAGUACAUCAUGGCCGCCUCUAAGCCCGUGGAGCCGCAGACCGGGACCGCUCCCCGCUGGCAGCUGGCCCUGUUGGUCGGGACGCCCAUCGUGCUGGGGGUCGGAGCGGUGUACCUGUGGAACCGCAGCCGGACGAAGGACGACAAGCGCAGCGGGGAGCGGAAGACCCCGGAAGGCAGCGCCAGCCCGGUGCAGGGCCGGGACGACGCGGGGCCGCAGAGCCGAGAGGAGAACACGAGCCCAUUGGAUCGGGCCCAGGGAGCCAAGAACAAGGGCAACAAGUACUUCAAGGCGGGCAAGUACGAGAACGCCAUCCAGUGCUACACAGAGGCCAUCGCUCUCUGCCCAACGGAGCAGAAGACCGAUCUGUCUACAUUCUACCAGAACAGAGCAGCCGCCUACGAACAACAGAUGAAGUGGACAGAAGUGGUUCAGGACUGCUGUCAGGCCGUGGAGAUGAAUCCACGCUAUGUGAAGGCUCUCUUCAGAAGAGCGAAAGCUCUGGAAAAACUCGACAACAAGAAGGAAUGUCUAGAAGACGUCACAGCAGUGUGUAUCCUCGAGGCCUUCCAGAACCAACAGAGCAUGUUGCUAGCAGACAAAGUGCUGAAACAGCUGGGGAAAGAGAAGGCCAAAGACAAAUACAAGAACCGUGAGCCGAUGAUGCCUUCUCCUCAGUUCAUCAAAUCCUACUUUAGCUCGUUCACCGAUGACAUCAUCUCACAGCCGCUGCAGAAGGGGGAGAAGAAGGACGAAGACAAGGACAAGGAGGGCGAGACGGCCGAGGUCACUGAGAGCUCCGGCUACCUGAAGGCCAAGCAGUACAUGGAGGAGGAGAACUACGACAAAAUCAUCAGUGAAUGCACCAAGGAGAUCGAGUCAGGAGGCCGGUACACGGCAGAGGCUCUGCUGCUGAGGGCCACAUUCUACCUGCUGAUUGGAAACGCUACUGCUGCUCAACCCGACCUGGACCGGGUCAUCAACAUGCAGGACGCCAAUGUGAAGCUACGAGCCAACGCUCUGAUCAAGCGGGGAAGCAUGUACAUGCAGCAGCAGCAGCCUAUGCUCUCCACACAAGAUUUCAACAUGGCAGCCGAGAUUGACACAAGCAACCCCGAUGUCUACCACCACAGGGGUCAGCUGAAAAUCCUGCUGGACCAGGUGGACGAGGCGGUGGGAGACUUUGACGAGUGCAUCCUGCUGAGGCCCGACUCUGCUCUCGCUCAGGCUCAGAAGUGCUUCGCUCUUUACAGACAAGCUUAUACAGGAAACAACCCGUCUCAAGUUCAGACGGCCAUGGACGGCUUCGAGGACGUCAUCCGAAGGUUCCCCAAGUGUGCAGAGGGCUACGCUCUUUAUGCUCAGGCUUUGACUGACCAACAGCAGUUUGGAAAAGCAGACGAGAUGUACGACAAGUGUAUUGAACUGGAACCAGACAACGCUACCACAUAUGUCCACAAGGGUUUGUUACAGCUUCAGUGGAAACAAGACCUGGACUUGGGUCUAGAUCUCAUCAGUAAGGCCAUCGAGAUUGACAACAAAUGUGACUUUGCCUACGAAACUAUGGGAACCAUCGAAGUUCAGAGGGGGAAUCUGGACCGGGCGAUAGACAUGUUCAACAAGGCCAUCAACCUGGCCAAGUCUGAGAUGGAGAUGGCCCAUCUGUACUCGUUAUGUGACGCAGCGUACGCCCAGACCGAAGUGGCGAGGAAGUACGGGCUGAAACCUCCGACACUGUAACGCCUCCGCCAAUCCAAACGCCAAUCUCAAACUUCAUCGCUGAACCUAACUCUGUUCAAAUGCAACUUAACUUUUGUUUUGCAAAAAAAAAAAGAAAUGAGUACUGGAUGAUAAAAGCAAAAAGAGAGACCCCUGAUAUAAUAUAUAUAUAUAUAAAUAUAAAGGUGUUUUCAUCACAUUAAAAGGGUUUAUCAUGGAAAGAAGGAUUUCUGUUCACAGUGGAGCCGAGGUUCAGAUCCAGACCUCUGGUUUGUCUUAAAACUAUUUUAUUGCUCAGAAUAAAGAGUCAUCUAGUGAGAAAAACAUACAUGAACGGCCAUGUAUUCCUGUCUGAAUUAAAAGUAACUGUGAAAUGUAUGUGAACUGAAAACGUGCACAGUUUGUUGAACCAAUAACUGACUUCAAAAGGCUUUUGUGACUUGAAUCUGCAGAGAAAUACUGAGAGCUUCACUAAUGGACAGUUCACUCCUUAAUUUAUGCUGAUCUCAAGUGUUUUGUUUUUCCAGCUCCUUUCAUGUGUAACAUACACUAUCAGUUCUGAAUGCAAGAUUAAAAGUAUAGUCAAAUGUGUAA